UUCUAGUCAUUGUACACCGUGCUCGGCUAGGAAAUAGCCAUGACUGCUGUAUACAGUAACAAGCAAAAUAUGGCCCUAAAUGGAAACCGUUUUGAUGUCACGUGAUCGAAGGCGAGCACUGAUCACAUGACAGCUUUACGACCUUCAAGCUGUACGUGGAACGCACGGCUGACACGCAAAAGAAGGAAGUAUGACUUCCGGGGAGUUUAGCGCAUGCGCAAUUGCUGGCAAUACAGCUGUCCCUGGUACCUGAUAGACUAGCGUUCCUGUGUACCUAGCCACAUGGAGCCAGACUCUCGAGAAGAUGAACUUGCUUCCAAGGGAUGGGAUUCAGGGAGACUUAUUGCUGAAGCUGCUGGAAUAUCUGGAAGUGUAGAAGAUGAACUUAAUAAAUCGCAGACUCAUAUGGGCUACCUUGAUGUGGAUAAGGACUUAGAUUCCAAGCAAGAACAGAUUGAUGACAAAGAGUUUGACAUCCCCCAAGUUGAUACCCCUCCAACUUUAGAGAGCAUCUUGAACGAGACAGAUGAUGAGGAUGAACCUUUUAUACCCGAGGAUCCGGCUCUUCUUAACAUAGAGACCGUUGACACCCACUCAUGUGACACCUCAUCCCUGGCCAGCUCUGACAGUGGAGACCGGGCCCACAAAAGGAAAAAGCGGCUGCUCGAUGCAUUUUCUCGCCAUGGAUCAGUACUGCGCCAUAGUCUGCUGAAAGGGAUCUCCGCCCAGAUAGUGUCUGCCACAGAUAAAGUGGAUGCUGGUCUGCCCACAGCAAUUGCUGUUUCCAAUCUCAUUGCAGUAGGUACUUCUCAUGGAUUGGCUUUAAUCUUUGGCAAAGACACAAACCAGGCCCUGCGGCUCUGUCUUGGCAGCACGGCUGUGGGUGCGCAGUACGGCGCUGUCUCAGCACUGAGUAUCAAUAACGACUGCUCCCGACUUCUCUGUGGUUUUGCCAAAGGACAGAUUACUAUGUGGGAUUUAGCUGGCGGCAAACUGCUGCGAUCUAUAACUGAUGCCCAUCCUCCUGGAACCGCCAUCUUGCAUAUAAAGUUUACAGAUGACCCAACUCUUGCUGUUUGCAAUGAUAGUGGAGGAUCAGUAUUUGAGCUGACAUUCAAGCGGGUCAUGGGAGUGAGAACCUGUGAAUCCAGAUGUCUGUUCAGUGGUUCCAAGGGAGAAGUCUGCUGCAUUGAGCCCCUUCACACAAAGCCUGAGCUACGGGAUCAUCCAAUCACUCAGUACUCGCUGCUGGCAAUGGCGUCUUUAACUAAGAUACUGGUGAUUGGUCUGAAACCUACUUUGAAAGUGUGGAUGACAUUUCCUUAUGGACGGAUGGAUCCCUCCAGUGUACCACUUCUAGCCUGGCAUUUUGUGAUUCUGCAGGGGGCCUUAAACCCCAUGCUGGCCUUCUGCAGAGGCGAUGUGGUUCAUUUCCUUUUGGUGAAGAGGGACGAAUCAGGGGCAAUUCAUAUCAACAAGCAGAAGCAGCUCCAUCUGCACUAUGAUCUUAUCAACUUCACAUGGAUCAAUGCUCGUACAGUGGCACUGCUGGACAGUGCAGAAAAGCUCCAUGUGAUCGACAGACAGAGUCAAGAGGAACUGGAGACGCUGGAGAUUUCUGAUUUCCAGCUUGUAUACAACAGCAGCCACUUCAAGUCUCUGGCUACAGGGGGAAAUGUGAGCCAAGCACUGGCGUUAGUAGGGGAGAAAGCUUGUUACCAGUCGAUCAGCAAUUGUGGUGGGCAGAUAUUCUACUUGGGAACAAAGUCGGUGCACGCUAUGAUGCUGAGGAACUGGCGAGAGAGAGUCGAUCAUCUGCUGAAGCAGGACUGUUACAAUGAAGCCUUAGCUUUAGCGUGGUCAUUCCAUGAAGGGAAAGCGAAGGCGGUUGUUGGUCUGUCAGGAGACCCAAAGAAAAGGAAGAGUGUGGUGGCCGAUAAGAUAGUUGAAAUAUUGCUUCAGUACACUGACAAGGCCCUGAGGAAAUGUCCUGAGCAGGGUAAAAUCCAGAUUAUGGAGCAACAUUUCCAGGACACUGUGCCAGUCAUAGUAGAGUACUGUCUGCUUCUGCAACGCACAGAUAUCCUCUUCAGUCAAAUAUAUGACAAACUGAGUGAGAACUGCGUGGCCAAAGGCGUCUUCUUGGAGUGUUUAGAGCCAUAUCUUCUGCGUGACCAGCUUCCUGGUCUUACCACUCAAUUGAUGAAGGAUCUUCUUCUCCACUUUCAGGAUAGAGGCCUGAUGGAGACUGUAGAGGCCUGUAUAAUACAUAUGGACAUCACAAGCCUCGACAUACAGCAGAUUGUUCAGAUGUGUUGGGAGCACAGACUAUAUGAUGCAAUGAUCUAUGUGUACAACAGUGGGACAAAUGAUUUUAUCAGCCCUAUGGAGAAACUAUUCAAGUCCAUUUCUGCGCCUGUCAGCUCUGGGAAGUCAUUGACAGAUGAACAAGUUGUUAUGGGAAACAAGCUUCUUGUGUAUAUCAGUUCUAGCUUGGCUGGCAGAGCAUACCCUUUGGGAGACAUCCCUGAAGACUUAGUCCCACAGGUGAAGAACCAGGUUUUCGAGUUUCUAAUCCGUUUGCACUCGCCAGAGGCCCCACAAGAUGAGGAUGUAUAUCCCUAUAUUCGCACAUUGUUGCAUUUUGACACUCGAGAAUUCCUGAAUGUUUUGGCAUUGACAUUUGAAGAUUUUACUAAUGAUAAACAAGCUGUGGAACACCAACAGAGGAUUGUGGACAUCUUACUGAAGGUUAUGGUUGAGAAUUCCGAUUUCACACCUUCCCAGGUCGGCUGCCUGUUCACAUUCUUGGCUCGCCAACUUGCCAAACCAGACAAUACACUUUUUGUUAACAGAGUACUGUUUGAUCAGGUACUGGAGUUCUUGUGCAGUCCUGAUGAUGAUUCCAGACAUUCAGAAAGACAACAGGUUCUACUUGAGCUGCUGCAGGCUGGAGGAAUUGUACAGUUUGAAGAGAAUAGACUGAUUCACCUGGCAGAGCGAGCCCAGUUUUAUCAGAUUUGUGAGUUCAUGUAUGAAAGAAAGCACCUUUACGAUAAAAUCAUAGAAUGUUAUUUGCAAGAUCCCAUGAGAAAGCAAGAAGUUUUUAACUAUAUUCAUAAUAUAUUGUCAAUUCCUGGAUACAGUCCUGAGGAGAAGCAGUCAACGUGGGACAAAGCAAUGAGACAUAUGGAGGAGCUGAUAACGCUGAGUCCAAAUAAAGCAGCAGAUCUGGUCUGCACCCACUUCAGUGAACAGCUGGAUGAGAUCAUAGGAACGCUUCAGGAUACGUUUUUGCUUCUCCAGUUUUUUAGAAGCCUUCUAGAUCCAAGGGAUGGAGCUCAGCUAAAUCCUGAACUGUUACAGAACAAGCCGCAUAUCACAGAACACUUCAUAGACCUUCUGUGUCAGUAUGACCCUGGUUGUGUGACUCAAGUGCUACAAAUACUGGAACACUACCGAUUGGAGGAGACUAUUGAGAUUGUCCAGAAGCACAGUAACUAUGAGACAUUAGCCUAUCUUUUGGAGAAGAAAGGAGAUAUCCAGGCGGCUUUCCAAGUGAAUCUUACGAGGCUACAAAACAGAUUGUCAGCGUUGACUGAGGACUCCGUGGAUGGGGCAGAUAGCAAACAAACGGCGGUCUUGAAAGAUGUUGAGGAUACUCUUUCAGAAACGAUCUCUUUGUGUGAAAGAACAUCACAUACACUCAACCAGCAGCAGAGAGAGGAGCUGUGGUUCCCGCUGCUUGAGGCAAUGAUGUCACCGCAGAAGCUUUUAAGUUCCUCUCCAUCUCCGCUGUAUUCAGAGUCAUUAAAAAGUCUGACAAUGGAAGUCCUUAGUAGCAUGGCUGCAUAUAUCUCACUUCCGUCCAUACUCCAGAGGAUACUGCAGGAUCCUGUGUACGGGAGAGGAAAAUUAGGCGAAAUCCAAGGCUUGGUAUUAGGAAUGUUGGAUACAUUUAGCUAUGAGCAGACACUAUUGGAAACCACCACAAGCUUAUUGAACCAAGACCUUCACUGGUCAUUGCGCAACCUCAAAGCUUCUAUUACCAAGGCACUAGUACCAAAGCAGGAUUACUGUUGUAUCUGUCUGCAACAGUACAAGAAGAGACAAGAAUCAUCAGAUGAAAUCAUUGUUUUCAGCUGUGGACAUUUGUACCACUCUCUAUGUCUUUUGGGAAAGGACUGCAAAGUGGAAGCAGGAGGUCAGAUUCAAUGGAGUUGUUACAAGUGUAAUUCAAGCAACAAAGGGCGGUCUGGCCGGCAGGCAGUGGCAGAUCUGAAGAAGGGAAGGACAGCGUCUUUGGUACAGAUGAGAACUGCUUCUGCCCCUCCAUUCGCAGUGGAAGCUGCAAGAAAGUCAAGCUCUGAUUCCGCUCUCGACCCACAGCAGCUGCAAGCAUUCAGUGAACUCUGCCGUCUUUACAAAGGAACCUCACGGCUGGCACUGCUGACUGAGUUGUGUCGCUCUCAAAGCCCAGAAAAAUCUUCUGCCCACAACCCUUACGGUGGGGUUUCCUCAAGCAGCGUUUUUCAGAAUGAGAACUUCAAGUUGCAUUUGGCACCACCGCCCAUCAUUGAUGAUUAGUUCUCAGACUCUUCUACUUAUUACACUCCAACGGCCGUCCAAGUUCCAUCCCUUCAGUUAUCUCCCAGCUGUACAAGAAAAAUGUCCAGCAAGAACUGGAAAAGCUGAACUGUGAAGAAACCAUGUGUACAGUAUAUUUAUACAUGUAUGUUUAAUGCAAACACUAAUACACUUCUCAUAAGUUAUAGUGCCUCUGUUUUAUUGGAUGGAUCAUAGCACCAUGU